UGGGCGGGCAACAUGCGAGUCCUUGCUUUGUUACCAGCCGUCGCUGUUGCGUCAUACAUUGUUUAAUCUCACCAUCAUUAAGCCGAAAUGACUCUCUUGGCAUCCGUCGACGAGGCCACCACGCCGUUCCAAGAAAUACCCAUCAUCGACUUGUCGAUGAUCUCGACCGAGGACCUAGGUAGCAAGAAGGCGCUGGCGGAUAAAAUACGGGAUGCGUGUGUCAACGUGGGUUUCUUCUACGUAAAGAACCACGGAAUAUCAGAAACCAUCAUCCAAGAGGCCGUAGACCGCUCCAGAGAUUUCUUUUCAUUACCGCUUGAGGAUAAGAUGAUGAUUGAGAAUAAGAAAUCCCCUAAUUUCAAAGGCUACUCUCCACUUCUUAGCGGCAACAACGACCCAGACAACGACGGUGACCUCCAGGAAGGCUUCGAGUUCGGUUUGGAGCAUAUCGAGCCGCAGCCGCAGGGCCGAGAGGAUGUAUCGCACGAUGGUGUCAUGGCCGGCGCGAACGUAUGGCCUUCACAGCUACCCGAGUUUCGCCGAGCAGCAUUGCAGUACUAUCAUGCUGCUGUGAAUCUAGGAAAGAAGUUAUUCCCUCUUUUCGCUCUCUCCCUUGAUUUGCCUGAGAACUUCUUCGAGGACAAGACACGGCAUUCAGCAGCCCUCAUGAAAAUGCUCCAUUACCCUCCGCAGACGGGCCCAGUUGACGGACGCGUUCUUGGCAUCGGAGCGCACACAGAUUGGGAGUGCUUUACCAUCUUGUGGCAAGAGCCGGGAAUCCAGGCGUUGCAAGUUCUGAACUCGAACCAAGAGUGGAUAGACGCGCCUCCAAUUCCAGGAACCAUGGUCAUCAACCUUGGCGACCAAUUAGCUCGCUGGACGAGUGAUGUGUUCAAGUCCACGGUGCAUCGCGCAAUCAAUCGUAGUGGCGUUCGUCGUUAUUCUAUCCCUCUUUUCUUCGGAACGGACUACGACGUCAAGCUGGAGCCUAUUCCCAGCUGCGUAUCUACUGACCGCCCGAUGAAAUACGAAGUGAUAACUGCCGGGGAGUACGUCAAAGCAAAGUUGAGGGCAACCUAUGGCCAUUAAUUGAAGCGAGCUGGAGGCAUACGGUUGACCCUUUUCUCAAUAACGGUGUUGUACGUAUAGAAGAUGGAUAAUUACACCGGUCUGGUCCUCCAAUUUAGUCCGAGUCGGGGCGACUUGCCCACUCUGCCUGAAAAAAAAUUGACGGUUAUCACUUACACGUGUAGAUAG